GUCGACAGGCCCGCAGCAUUGAUAGGAUCCGGGUCUGGGUUGAGAAGGAGCGGCUCUGGUGCGCCCGCCGGCUCUCAGGUAAUACUGCUUCCCGUCUGCAGUCGUCCAGCCCGCAUAUGAGAUUGCCUCCCUCUUGGCAUGAAUUUGAAAUACGGGAAGCUUGUGAGCUCUAUCCACCAGCUCUUCGCCUCGUUUCGGCGAAAGCUGCAAUUGUGGAAGCGGAAGGGGCCGUCUCCGAGACACUUGGGCUGCUCAAGAGUCACUUGUGUUUGUUCUUGAAAGUGUGCCGUCCUUCUUCCGAACGCUGGUACAACGGGAUCUCUGUGGUUGUUUAUCCGCUCAUCCGUUUCCGCUAUGGGUCUUCGAUAGGGCGGUGGCUCGUCCCCGCCCUUUCGCUGCUCUUCCCGCUAUCCAAUCUCUGGUCUCCUGUGGCCAGUUGCCCAGUCACCAACAUGGUCCACCACGGGCCGGUACUGGCCGCCGAGGGUAGCUGCAUCGCGUCAGGAUCGGCCUAUAGCCACAGCGUGGGGUGUCAGCUGUUGGGCCAGCCGCUCUCAGUGCGGAUGUCCGGAAACCCUAAGCAGCAGGAAAGACAAGAAACUAGACCUCUCCCACCUGGGAAUCCUCGCGAGUCACGAGCCCGGCUUUGCUGUUAUGCCCCCCCUCCACUCAGUAUUAUGGCUGCCAAAUCCUUGCUCGCUGUGUGGCCCGGCUCUUACCACGCAGUACACGCUUGCCGUCGUAUUGCCGGUCUUGCCAUUGCCAGUCGAGACCGAGUGCCCUCACCAUGAUGGAGACAUCGCCGAGGACUUGGCCAGCAUGGAUGGGGCCGGAUUCGGUACCAUGAUGGCGAUGCCCAUGGGUCUUGCCAUCAGUGGUGAACAGCAUUGCCCAAUA